AUGAGUUUAAAGGAAAACCGCAGCUGUCCUAGCCAGGAUAAAGCCUCAAUAGAGCUUUCGAACAAACAUUCUAGUGCCAGUGUCGGAGAAGCAAACUCAACCUUGACAAUGACCCCGGCCGAGGAGCGAAAGCUGGUUCGAAAGAUUGACCUGCAUUUGAUGCCCUUAAUGUUCGUUCUAUACCUUUUUCAGUAUCUUGACAAGACGUCCCUUGGCUACACUGCAAUCAUGGGUAUCUUGCAGGAUGCAAACCUUAGUGGCAAUCAAUACUCCUGGGUCUCUAGCUUCUUUUAUGUGGGAUUCCUCAUUGCUAGUCCUCUUUCUUCAAUUCUCCUGGUCAAAUUCCCAGUGGCUAAAGUCGUUGUCUUGACUGUGCUCAUUUGGGCAGGCAUCCAGAUGGUUAUGGCUGCUGGCAAGAGCUUUGCCAGUCUGGCUGUUUUGCGUAUCCUACUCGGUGCUUUUGAGGCUGCUAUUGGCCCAGGCUUUACAAUCAUCACGUCCACUUGGUACAAACCCUCUGAACAUGCCUUGCGUCACGGUCUCUGGUAUGGCGGAGCUAGUGUGGCAUACAUAAUAGGCGGUAUCAUGGCGUAUGGCAUCUCCCAUAUCGACAGUGCAAUCAAAAGUUGGCAGUUUGGAAGCGUUAUCAUAAAGGACUUUGGAUACAGUGUGCUCCAAACCCAACUUCUGUCUAUGUCGGUAGGCGCGUUUCUUCUCUUCUUUGUCAUCUUGACUGUAGGGAUUUCGAUGACACUGAAGAAUGCGCGAUGCCUGUCUAUUGCUAUUCUUAAUUUUAUAUCCUUGGCUGGGGUCUUGAUGGUUAAGCUUCUUCCAGAGUCCAACAAGAUUGCCCGUCUUGCAGGCAUCUGGCUGGUUUGCGCACAAGCCAGUGCUUUCCCAACAACUCUCAGUUUGGUUUCCAGUAAUAUCACCGGGCACACAAAGAAAGCUACUGUCAAUGGGAUGCUAUUUGUUGGAUUUUGCGUUGGGUACAUUAUUGGGCCACUUACGUUUAUUGCGCAAGAAGCCCCUGGCUACAAGACUGCAUUUAACAUCAUGGUAGCCUGUUAUGUUCUUAACAUUGUCAUUGUUACCUCCAUGAGACAGAUAAUGGCAAGAUGGAAUAAACAAAGAAAUCAGCAGCAUGGAGCUGAGGCUGUCUCAGAUGGACACAUUCUUGAACACGCAGGCCAGGCUGAUCUUGAUGAGACUGAUUGGGAGAACCAAGAGAUCCGUUACUCUUUGUAA